AUGCCGUGGCGGCUCGUUCCUCUGAACGCCGCAGAAGCAAACAUGGCCGUGUGGACUUGGAGGAAGGAGAAGAACAGCAGGAAAGGUGCCCGGAGGGGCCACACCAGGUCUUGGUCUGAGCCCAUGGAUCCCUCCAGUGUGCUGCUGCUGCUGCUGGGGGUCAGCGGGGUGCUUCUGCUGGACAACCGGCCCAAUUUUGUCCUCAUGAUGGUGGACGACCUGGGAAUUGGAGAUCUGGGCUGCUAUGGCAACGACACCCUGAGGACAUUUUUCUCUCUUCCAGGGAUCGCCGGUCAUUCGAGGCCGGGCGUCUUUCUGUUUAACGCAGCGUCCGGUGGUCUUCCGAGUCGGGAGGUGACCUUUGCUACGAUAGCCAAACAACAAGGCUAUGAGACGGCUCUGAUAGGAAAAUGGCACCUGGGACUUAACUGCGAGACCAGAGACGAUCACUGCCACCACCCCAGCGUCCACGGCUUCAAGUACUUCUUCGGUAUCCCGCUGACCAACUUGCGAGACUGCCAACCAGGACACGGCACUGUUUUCCAGCUUGAGAAAUACCUACCGUUGAGGACAUUUGGAAUAAUCUUGGCCAGUGCGGUUGUCCUGCACUUCGCUGGAUUUCUGCCCGUCCCCAGAGGGGUGCUUCUGGUUUUGCUAAUGCUGGUGGCCACGCUCACAGGACUGGUGGCAGGCUUCAUCAAGAUGAUGCCGUACCUCAACUGCUUGCUCUACAGGAACCACGACAUCGUGGAGCAGCCGUUCGCGUCGGAGAACAUGACGCAGAGGAUGACUCGGGAGGCCGUGGACUUCAUAGAAAGGAAUUCGGCCAGACCUUUCCUGCUGUUCUUCUCAUUCCUCCAAGUCCACACGGCCAUGUUUGCUUCUGCGGCGUUCAGAGGAACGAGCCGCCACGGCAUCUAUGGAGACGCCGUCCACGAAGUGGACUGGAGCGUA